AUGGAUGUUAUUUGGUCAAAAGAUAAAUUGUUUAAAAUAUUCAGUACAGAGUCCAUUAUGGUCCAUGCGAAUGCAACUGGGGACUCUGGUUCAGUUUCUGGGCCUUGUUGCCACAUCUGCGGUGGCGAUAGCGAUUUACGACGCCUGGAAGAGACCUACGUGUGGAACGGGAUCGAGGAACAGUACGACAGGAUGCUAUUCGAAUGCUAUGGCGUUAGGGUACCGAAAUCAGACUGUAUGAUAUGUGAUCACUGUAUACAUCAGCUGCGGAACGCGCAGAGGUUCAGACGUUUGGUUCAAGCCGCCUUUACCAAACCACCUGAAGAAAGCCCACUCAGAGACGGCUCUAAAAUCAAAAUCGUAAAAAGUUUAUCAAGUACAAAAAUCGGUAUUGCAGUGCACUACACUAAGAAAAAUUCAGUGAAAGAAAUCAAACCUAAAGUAGCCAUAGACAAUCUGCAAAAGAAAUGCGAAUUAAGGCGGGAACGAAAGCGUCUGUUCAACACGCACGUUGAAACUAAAAAAGCGAAUGUUGCCUGCACCAUUUGUAAUCAUCGUUACCCAAUGAUUGUACCUUUUGACGGUAUUAAGAAAUUUGUCUGUUCUCGUUGUAAGAAAAAUUCUGAAACGUAUGGGAUUUGUAGAAAAUGUAAUUUAAGAAUGCCAAUGAAUUCAAUGAACGAACAUUUAAAGUCACAUGCAAAAAUAAAGCCCAAGGGAAAAAAUAGAUUAUCUAACUUCACUAAACCGCCAGUAUUAAACAAAACAGUAAACUUGUCGAGAACUCAAACAUUUGUGAAGUACCCAAAAAAGUAUCAAUGUAGCCAAUGCGAAAAGAAAUAUAUAGUUCCCCAACACCUUGCGCAACAUAUCGCCAUUGUUCACGGCGAUAGCUUGAAUUGCACUUGUACUGUAUGCGGGAAGGAUAUGAAAACGCGGGAAAUGCUUGGCAAACACAUGAGUACACACACAGGGCAGCCAAUAUAUAAAUGCAAUAUUUGUAUGAAAAUAUUUAAGAGCCAGCGCAACCUUCAAGCUCAUUAUUUGACACAUGAAAAGUACUAA